CCAGGCCCCUGCCUGCCGCCCCCGCCCGCGCCCCCCAGCCGCAGGAAGCCACAAGAGGCGGGCGCGCUCCCUCGGCGCGGGCCCGAGGCUCGCGUCGCUGAGCCUCCGGAGGGACUACUUUUCGUCCCCGCGGCGGGGCUACUUCCUCCCCCGCGGAGGCGUCGGGCGCUGGCGGCGCGCACGGCAUGGCGGCGGCGGCGCGCGCCUGAGGAGAGGGGACGCCGGCGCGGUGAGGCCUCGGCGCGGCCUACACGCUUCGCUCGCCCGCUCGCUCCCCGCUCCGCGCCCGGCCAUGGCGGAGCCCGCGCCUGCCCGACGUCCGGUGCCGCUCAUCGAGUCGGAACUGUACUUCCUCAUCGCUCGGUACCUAUCGGCCGGCCCGUGCCGCAGAGCCGCCCAGGUGCUGGUGCAGGAGCUGGAGCAGUACCAGCUGUUGCCGAAGAGGUUGGACUGGGAGGGCAACGAGCACAACAGGAGCUACGAGGAAUUGGUCUUGUCCAAUAAGCAUGUGGCUCCUGAUCAUCUGUUGCAAAUCUGCCAGCGCAUCGGCCCUAUGUUGGAUAAAGAAAUUCCACCCAGUAUUUCAAGAGUCACUUCUUUACUUGGUGCAGGAAGGCAGUCUUUGCUACGUACAGCAAAAGACUGCAGGCACACAGUGUGGAAGGGCUCUGCCUUUGCUGCUCUUCAUAGAGGAAGACCUCCUGAAAUGCCCGUGAACUAUGGCUCUCCUCCAAAUCUUGUGGAGAUACAUCGAGGAAAACAGCUCACAGGGUGUUCCACUUUUAGCACAACAUUUCCAGGAACUAUGUAUCAGCAUAUAAAAAUGCACAGAAGGAUUCUCGGACAUCUAUCUGCUGUUUACUGUGUAGCAUUUGAUAGAACAGGACAUAGAAUCUUUACAGGUUCAGAUGAUUGUUUGGUAAAGAUUUGGUCAACACAUAAUGGCCGCCUGUUAUCUACAUUAAGAGGUCAUUCUGCAGAAAUUUCAGAUAUGGCAGUGAAUUAUGAGAACACUAUGAUUGCUGCAGGGAGCUGUGAUAAAAUCAUCAGAGUGUGGUGCUUGAGAACCUGUGCUCCUGUUGCAGUGCUCCAAGGACACACAGGAUCAAUUACAUCUUUACAGUUUAGCCCUAUGGCCAAAGGCUCUCAAAGGUAUAUGGUUUCCACUGGUGCUGAUGGAACAGUUUGCUUUUGGCAGUGGGAUUUAGAAUCUCUGAAAUUCAGUCCACGCCCCCUGAAGUUCACUGAAAAGCCUCGGCCAGGUGUUCAAAUGCUUUGUUCUUCUUUUAGUGUUGGUGGUAUGUUUUUAGCUACAGGUAGUACUGAUCAUGUAAUCAGAAUGUACUUUUUGGGUUUUGAAGCACCUGAAAAAAUCGCAGAACUUGAAAGCCACACUGAUAAAGUAGAUAGUAUUCAAUUUUGCAACAAUGGUGAUCGGUUCCUAAGUGGUAGCAGAGAUGGAACAGCACGAAUUUGGAGAUUUGAGCAGUUAGAAUGGAGAAGUAUUUUAUUGGAUAUGGCUACCAGAAUCUCUGGAGACUUAUCUUCAGAAGAAGAAAGGUUUAUGAAACCCAAGGUAACAAUGAUAGCUUGGAAUCAGAAUGAUAGCAUUGUUGUUACAGCUGUGAAUGAUCAUGUCCUCAAAGUCUGGAAUUCUUAUACUGGACAACUGCUUCAUAAUUUGCUGGGACAUGCUGAUGAAGUAUUUGUCUUGGAGACACACCCCUUUGAUUCCAGAAUUAUGUUAUCUGCAGGACAUGAUGGCAGCAUAUUUAUAUGGGAUAUUACAAAAGGUACCAAGAUGAAGCAUUACUUUAAUAUGAUUGAAGGACAAGGACAUGGAGCUGUGUUUGACUGUAAGUUUUCACAGGAUGGACAGCAUUUUGCCUGUACAGAUUCUCAUGGGCACCUACUCAUUUUUGGCUUUGGAUGCAGCAAACCAUAUGAAAAGAUUCCUGAUCAGAUGUUCUUCCAUACUGACUACCGACCACUGAUUAGAGAUUCUAAUAAUUAUGUCUUAGAUGAGCAAACUCAGCAGGCUCCUCAUCUUAUGCCUCCACCAUUCUUGGUAGAUGUAGAUGGAAAUCCUCAUCCAACUAAGUAUCAGAGAUUAGUACCAGGUCGAGAAAAUUCUGCAGAUGAACAUUUGGUUCCACAACUAGGCUAUGUGGCCACAAGUGAUGGAGAGGUAAUUGAACAAAUUAUAAGCCUACAAACCAAUGAUAAUGAUGAACAAAGCCCAGAGCCCAGCAUCCUUGAUGGAAUGAUAAGACAGUUGCAGCAGCAGCAAGAUCAGAGAACGGGAGCAGAUCAGGAUAUUGUUCCAAGUGGAUUUUCAAAUGGGGAAGAAACACCUCGAAGAGGUUUUAGAAGAUUAAGUUUAGAUAUGCAGUCACCUCCAAAUAUUGGUCUGCGUCGUAGUGGACAAGUUGAAGGUGUUCGUCAGAUGCAUCAAAAUGCUCCACGGAGUCAGAUUGCUACAGAGCGUGACCUACAGGCUUGGAAACGAAGAGUGGUUGUACCAGAGGUACCACUAGGCAUAUUUAGGAAAUUGGAAGACUUUCGAAUAGAGAAAGGUGAGGAGGAAAGAAAUCUUUAUAUAAUAGGAAGAAAAAAGAAGACUCUCCAGCUCUCACAAAAGUUGGAUUCAAUGGUUUUGGUAUCACAGUCUAGACAGAGGACGUGCAGGCGUAAAUAUUCAACUUAUGGUAGAAGAAAUGUUGGCCGGUGUGAGUUAUCCUCUGGAAAUGAGUCUUCAGGUUCUGGAAGACAGGAGACUUCCUGUGAUCAAAGUGAAGGUUCUUAUUCGUCAGAAGAAGAUGAAUGGAAGAGUGAUAGAAAAAGUGAAAGCUAUACUGAAAGUUCAAGUGACUCUUCAUCUAGAUACUCUGAUUGGACAGCUGAUGCAGGAAUCAACUUGCAACCUCCUUUGCGAACAUCAUGCCGUCGACGAAUUACCCGAUUUUGUAGUAGUUCUGAGGAUGAAAUAUCUGCUGAGAAUUUAUCUCCUCCAAAAAGAAGACGGAAGAGAAAGAAGGAAAGCAAACCUAAAAAAGAGAAUUUGCGGAGGAUGACUCCUACAGAGCUUGUAAGCAUGGAACACUUAUAUGAAUUUCAUCCUCCAGUUUGGAUAACUGACACCACACUUCGAAAGUCUCCCUUCGUUCCUCAGAUGGGUGAUGAGGUAAUCUAUUUUCGACAGGGUCAUGAAGCUUAUAUUGAAGCUGUCAGAAGAAAUAACAUCUAUGAACUCAAUCCUAAUAAGGAGCCAUGGAGAAAAAUGGAUCUAAGGGAUCAAGAAUUGGUUAAAAUAGUUGGAAUACGAUAUGAGGUUGGGCCUCCUACACUCUGUUGCCUCAAACUAGCAUUUAUAGAUCCAGCAACUGGAAGACUUAUGGAUAAAUCAUUCUCUAUAAGAUAUCAUGAUAUGCCAGAUGUUAUUGAUUUUCUUGUAUUGCGUCAAUUUUAUGAUGAAGCAAGACAGAGAAACUGGCAGUCCUGUGACAGGUUCCGAUCUAUAAUUGAUGAUGCUUGGUGGUUUGGAACAGUGUUAAGUCAAGAGCCAUAUCAACCACAGUAUCCUGAUAGUCAUUUCCAGUGUUACAUUGUUAGGUGGGACAAUACUGAAAUUGAAAAAUUAAGCCCAUGGGACAUGGAACCAAUUCCUGAUAAUGUUGAUCCACCUGAAGAAUUAGGAGCAAGUAUUUCAGUCACAGCAGAUGAGCUAGAGAAAUUGCUGUAUAAACCACAAGAUGGAGAAUGGGGCCAGAAAUCGAGAGAUGAAGAAUGUGACCGGAUUAUUAGUGGUAUAGAUCAACUUUUGAAUCUUGAUAUAGCAGCAGCUUUUGCAGGCCCAGUUGAUCUGUGUACAUAUCCGAAGUACUGCACUGUAAUAGCUUAUCCAACUGAUCUUUACACAAUCCGAAUGAGACUUGUUAAUCGAUUUUACAGGAGGCUAUCUGCAUUAAUUUGGGAAGUCCGAUAUAUAGAACAUAAUGCCAGAACAUUUAAUGAACCUGAAAGUGUGAUUGCAAGAUCAGCUAAGAAGAUAACUGACCAACUUUUAAAAUUUAUUAAGAAUCAAGACUGUACAAACAUCUCAGAACUAUCUAACACAUCUGAAAAUGAUGAGCAAAAUGCUGAGGAUUUGGAUGAUAGUGAUCUUCCUAAAACAUCUUCUGGACGAAGGAGAGUCCAUGGUUGGAAAGUAAGGAGCAACACAGCUACCAGUUAUGUUGAAAGCAACUGGAAGAAACAGUGUAAGGAACUGGUGAACUUAAUUUUUCAGUGUGAAGAUUCUGAACCAUUUAGACAACCUGUUGAUUUGGUUGAGUAUCCAGACUACCGAGAUAUUAUAGAUACUCCCAUGGAUUUUGGAACCGUAAGGGAAACCCUGGAAGCCGGAAAUUAUGACAGCCCUUUGGAAUUUUGCAAAGACAUCCGAUUGAUAUUUAGCAAUGCAAAAGCAUAUACACCAAACAAAAGAUCAAAGAUUUAUAGUAUGACCUUGAGGUUGUCGGCCUUAUUUGAAGAAAAAAUGAAGAAAAUCUCUUCUGAUUUUAAAAUUGGUCAAAAGUUCAAUGAAAAACUUCGACGAAGCCAGAGAUUCAAGCAAAGGCAAAAUUCUAAUGGUGUCAUUCAAGCUAACAAGAGUAUCAGAAAUGUCAAGCGGAAGCAGUUAAAGUCUCAGAUAAAAGUAAUUCCGGAGUUGGUAGGUUCUCCUGCCCAGUCUACCUCAAGUAGGGCAGCUUACUCUGCAGCUCACAAGGCAAGUGCUGGCAUAUCUUCAGGUAUCACUUCUGGAGACUCUUCAGAUUCAGCAGGAUCAUCGGAAAGAAUGAGGAGAAGUAGACCUAUAUCUCUAAGAAACGAUUCUGUGCUAUCUGAAAGUGAAAUGGAAGAUUCCUUAGCUACCUCUUCAUCCUCUUCAGCUUCAAAUAGUUCAGAGGAAAGCAAAGAGUGUUCAAGAGCUCGUGAAUCCUCCUUGCGUAGUGGAUUGUCCAGAGGCAGCAAUCUCAGGGUGACCAGAAAUAGAGCUGCUCAGAGAAAAUCUGGUCCUGUUUAUUUAGAAAAUGGAUGUGGCAGAAAAGCCACUCGAAAGAGAGUUUAUUUGAGUGAUUCUGAUAACAAUUCAUUAGAGACCAGUGAAAUUCUUAAAGCGAGAGCUGGAAGUAACCGAAAAGUCCUACGGAAGUGUGCUGCUGUGGCUGCCAAUAAGAUAAAGCUAAUGAGUGACGUAGAAGAAAACUCUAGUUCUGAAAGUGUGUGCUCUGGUCGGAAGCUGCCUCACCGCAAUGCUUCUGCUGUAGCUAGAAAAAAGUUACUGCAUAAUUCUGAUGAUGAUCAGAGCCUCAAGUCAGAAAUUGAAGAGGAAGACCUAAAAGAUCAAGAACAGCCAUUACAAGCAACCAGUUCUCAUGCUGCCCAGAACACUGUCAAUGACUCUGAAAAUGGAGAUUCAGAAUCAGAAAGUGACUUGCGGGUAGCCCGGAAAAAUUGGCACGCUAAUGGUUACAAGUCCUAUACUCUAGCGACUUCUAAAACAAAAUUUCUUAAAAUAGAGUCUUCUGAGGAAGAUUCUAAAAGUCAUGAUUCAGAUGAUGGACAUAACAGAACUGCUGGCCCUUUAGAGUGUGGGCAGAAACUUCAGGCAGAGAGUAUCUCAGAGGAAGCCGACUCUGAACCAGGAAAUAAUACAUUUCGCAAGAAUGCAAAUUUCUUUAAGAAAGCAAAGAUCUUAAGUGAUUCCGAAGACUCAGAAUCUGAAGAAAAAGAUAGGGAAGAUGGCAGAUGUCACAAAAUGGAAAUGAGUUCAGUUUCAGGAAACUUGAAGUGUGAACCUCUUGGUGUGCCUCAGUGUUUGUCCGAUCAUGUAUCUGAAACUGAUUUAGAUUCUGAUGAUGACAAAGUAAAGGAAAAGGCAAACACUGUCAUGAAUGAUUCAGCACCACAAGACAAUGGGCAAAGCAGAAAAGUUUCCAGGAAAAGGGUCUGCUCCAGUGAUUCGGAGACCAACUCAAGGGAGAUUAAGAAGUCAUCCAGAGCCCGAACAGGUUCUCUGAGGAUUACACGAAGUACUUCGGCUACCGCUACCAGUACUAUCAGGCUCAGGGGUAAUGCAGAAAACAUCAGUUCAGAAAGUGUAUGCACCAGAAGCAAACGGGGAAGGAAACAGCCCUCUCAUCCAGCUUGUACCACAGCUAGGAAGAUACUGAGUGAUUGUGAGGAAGAUGAACACUGUGAAGUGCCAAAUGAGCAGUGUGCUUGUGACGGUGAGCCAUCCGAACCUGAUGCAGAAAGGAGUGCAGGAAACUUUAGUCGGUCUUUAAAUGGAGACUCGGACUCUGAAGGCAUUUGGAAUUCAGAACACAACAGUCAUAUCAAUAAUCACAACACAAAUGUACCUUCUAAGACAAAGAAUUCCUCUGUUGGGUCUUCAGAAGAGGAUUCAAAAAACCAUGUUCCAGGGAGUGAGAACAGUAGAAAAUUUUCUUCUGAGUCAACUUUUGUGCAAAAAGCAACCACAGAAAGUAAUUUUGAAGAAGAAUUGAAUUAUGGGCUACGAAGAUGGAAUGGCAGAAGACUCAGAACAUAUGGAAAGGCACCUUUCAGUAAGACGAAAGUGAUUCGUGAUUCACAAGCAACAGCAGAGACAGAAAUAAAAAGGAAGAGACUGCAUCCUGAACUGGAAAAUGUGAAAAGAGUUGAAGCAACUGGGAGUACAAAGUGCAGACCUGACACCAGUCCCAAAUCAACAGAUCUGGGAUCUCUAACGGAGUCAGAUGUUGACUGUACUGAUAAUACAAAAACCAAAAGGAGGAAAGCGAAAGGAAAAGCAAAAGUAGUUAGAAAAGAAUCUGUUCCUAGAGACAGAGAACCCCAAACAAAAAUGCGAACAUGUAUGCAUAAUCAGAAGGAUGCAGUGCAAAUGCCUAGUGAAACUCUGAAAGCAAAAAUGGUACCUGAGAAAGUUCCCCGCAGAUGUGCUACUGUUGCUGCAAAUAAAAUAAAGAUAAUGAGUAAUCUAAAGGAAACGAUUUCAGGACCAGAAAAUAUCUGGAUUAGGAAGAGUAGCAGAAAACUGCCCCAUCGAAAUGCUUCUGCUGCGGCUAAGAAAAAGUUACUGAAUGUUUAUAAAGAGGAUGAUACAACCAUAAAUUCUGAAAGUGAAAAAGAGCUAGAAGAUACUAAUAGCAAAGUGAUUUUUUUUAGGCGGUUCAGAUCCUGGAAAGAAAAAGCACAAUAGUGACUGACAAUGUAGAAGUGRUAUCUGAAAACAAGCAGGGGCCUCCCGGAAGCUGGCAGUUGCAUUAUGCUCUAAGCCCUAAAGCUAAUCCCUUCUUGGCAUCUUUUGAGGAAUUUCUUAAAAGCCAUACUCCAGUGGGCGGAGUGGGAGGAAGGUUUCCUUCCAGCCAGCCCUUGAACUAACACAUUAUACAGGGGGGUCUGAUGAGGAAGCAGAUUGYGGAGUCUGUAGUUUGAGAGGUGGAAAGAAAAGGCAAUGGGCCUAAGAGUGAGGCUCCUUUAUAGAGAACAAGGUCCUUAAAACCUGACUCCUUGAAGGAAGAAAAUGGGAAGUGGACAGGAUAUGUAGGAAGGAUGGAAAAAAAUUUUUCAACACCUCAACCUGACACUAAUUUUAAGAUUUUUUUUCAUUUGAAUAUAAAAAUUCCGGCCACCAUGAUUAUGGUGUCAUUACUGAAACUGGAAAAAUAUAUAGAUUCAUUUUCAAAGUAAAGUGCUGGUGAGCCUAUUUGUCUUUUGAGUGAAGCAAAAACUUCAACUAGAUCUAAUUCCUAAAUUUCACAUCCAAAGGUCAAAACAAAAGUUGCAGAAGGGGAUUUAAUGCUGGAGUUCUGAAGCAGCGUUGGAAAUAGGCAGAUAGAGGAAAUCCAUUGAUGUCUUAUUUUGUUUAAAACUUUGGGAUUCAUACUGAAUGAUGACCACUUGGUAUGACUAAUUCAGGGAAAAUAUAUUUUUCUAUGAAAGCUCUGAAGUGACUAUCACUUUUCCUUGUUUCAUGUAGCAGCAAAAAUUAAGAGGCAGGCUUAGUUUUAAUCAGAAAAUAAAAAGUAGAGCUUAAGAUCAAAGCAGUCAUAUUUUUAGAUUAUAGAGUGAAAUAUCACCUUUAUCCUCAGCAACUUAAGAGUUGGAAGUUGAACAAUGGGAAAACUUAUUACAAUCUCAUCACAAACUUUUAUGGCAGCAUGUCUGGCUUAUAUCAUUGUGGCCUUUGCUAGGAUUAGAAAAUCUGAUCAUGGUACUACAAAAAUUUUAUUUGUAAUGGGGCUUAAUUUAUUAAUAGGUAUUUGAUCACUGGAUUAAAUGAAUGUACUGUCAAAUCUUUUUAACUUAGAUGUUAUUGAAAAAAUAAGUUGUCAAAAGCAAGUUGUUUUCUCAUUUAAAAAUAUCUGUGAAUAUCAGUAUAUAAUUUGCAUGUGUAAUUGAAAAAAGUAAAAUGUAGAAAUCUGGGAGUUUCUAUUAAGACUAAUGCUUAUUUUAUUUUUUUGGUUAUACAGAUCGACAAAGUGUUUAGAUUACUUGAGAAAUUUGUGGCUGCAUGUCUGUUUUUAAAAAGGCUUUGGGUUUUUCAGUGUAAGCCAGAAUAUUCUAACCUACAAUGUGUCCUUUGUUCUUUUUCUAGUAUACUUUAAUUUAAAAUACUGAGCUCCAAAAUCUUGUUAUUUAAAAUAGGUGAGAAAGGGAAGAAUUCCUAAUAAACUGCUAUUUUUAAGUG